AAAAUUUCCAAAGCACUCUGGGACGGAUCCUGGGACAGCGGAAACUAAAGAGAAUGAUGAUAUGGUAUCUGGCGGUAUUUGAAGUUUAAAACAAUCAUGUUUGGAAAGAAAAAGCCCAAUGAUCCCUCUGCUGAAUGGACAAAGACUGGCAGUUUUGUUCACAAGCCUCAGAGAGGAUGGCUUCAUUCAGACAAUUCGCUGAAGGAAGGCGGAGUUUGUUACGCUGUGAAAGUGAGUUGAUGCUAUGAUCGAUAUUUUGAAACUCAAAUAAUUUUCAUACAAAUUAAUUCAGUGAGUCCAUUCACGUUCGAUUUCAAGGUAUUUUUGUUUCUCCCCUGUAAAUCUGUUACAAAUCAGAGUUUGAUUAUAUUCAAGUCUAGGCAACUUUGAUUCGCGGCCAUCAAAAUACCGCACAAGAGGGAUCUUACCAGAAUUAGUGUUUCGAUCGAUGAGGAUUCCGAAUUAAUCUGUUUUUAAUCAUUGUUCACAGUAUGUUGGCUGUUUACAAGUUCUAAAGUCCAUGCGAACUCUCCCGUACGAUCUUCGACAACAAGUUACAAGGUAAAAUUUUAACUCUAACGAACAUCAGGAACUUCUACGCAGUAAUACUAUACGUAUACAUGUUCACUCAUGUUAUUUAAAAACAAAAGAACGUAACAAGGUUUCUAUCUGACAUCAUCGAUGAAAUAGCGUCCCAUGAAAUCAUAAAAUAGUGGCUCCAAAAUAAGGCAAAGAUUAUGCUCUUUUUCCUGUGUAUCUAAAUGACUAUAAAUGACUAUCUAAGUUUGUAAACAGUAAUUGAUUUUUUGAGAAAGAUUGAGUUACAUUUUUUUUUUAUCACGCAAACAUCAUGAUUUAAUAUUCAUACCUUUGAGUUGGUAAAAUUUUUUGAGUUAUUGUAUACUUUACAUUCGCAGAUCUUGAAAUACUUUAAAUCAACUACAGUAUAUCUCAGUUUAAGUGUUUCAGAAGAGGAAAAGUGUUCUUGGCCUUAAGUUUAACUCUUGCUCCUAUGUUUGACCCCCCUAUGGUUAUAGUUUCCGACCUGUUUAUUUCGUCAACAUAAAAUUUAUGUGGUAAUGCAGUGACAUUCAUGUAGUAUCACCGAGGCUCACUAACUCCUGGCUUAUCUGGUAAUUGAAGUGUACAGUACAAAUCUCCAAGUCUCUCUCGGCAGUUCAAGUGACAGUAAAUCUCUCAUAUGAAGUUGACUUGGAUUUUGGACUCAAAGAUUAUUUUUUUGUCUUUAAACAAAAAUGAAAAGGGAUUAUGAAAAAAAGUUGGGUUUUUUUAGGCUAGCUAGGGGGUAUUUUUUCUUAUUUCAAAUAGUGAGUGUUCUUUCUAAUGGCUUUUCAUUGGUUGAGAGAGACUGACCAAAGUGAAAAAUUACCAAAUUUAGACAGGGGCCUAUUUUACCUAUUUUGCCUAUUUCGAAUAAUGGGUAUUCUUUGCAAUGACUUUUUAUUGACUGAGAGAGGCUGACUAAAGUGAAAAUUACCAAAUUUAGGAAGGGUUGGGGAUGUGACUCAAAGUAACAGAUUUCCAGAGGGUGGUGUCUUUAUGGUAGUGUGAUGUGGAUAUCAAAAUAGAAUCAUUAGCAAUGUUUACUCUUUUUUUUUUACUUUUUAAAUCUCAAAACUUAUGUAUCUAUUCUUUGCACUUCUAUCUACAAUAUAUUUCUUGUUUAAUUAGCUCUGAGAAUUUGCUUUUAAAUCAAACAAUAUUCCUUACUGAAUAUUUUUCUUCAGUUUCAUUUACAUUCCUCUCUGAAGUUAAAGAGAUAACCAUCAAAGAAUUAUGUGAUGGAUAUUCAAUUUUCCCUGUUCAAACUCUCAUACAAUUUUGCUGCAGACCUAUUAACCAAAUAACUCCCAGGAUGUAAUUCUUAAUUCUUCCCUGAAGCUGCUACACAUUUCCUUCUAAAUUAGUAACAAGAAUUCGGUGUUAGAUCAAGAAAACAACUACCUGGAGUGAUAAGUUUGAGUAUUCUCAUUACCUGUGUGCUGGAUAAUGUAUAGAUAUAAUGGAGAGAAGUUAUCUGUCAAUCACUUCUGGGAGUAAAGUAAUUUAAUAAAUAAAGUAUUGAUUCAGAAACAUUUUUGACCUCAAAUGUGUUUCGAUGUACGAUGGUGAUAUUUUUUGCAUUGUAGGGAAGCUAUCUUGAGAUGUUCUGAAGCUGCUGGCUAUCAGCUGUCAAGGAGAAAGAAGGUAUGUUAUGGAGAAACGUAAUAACUUUAGAAAAAAUUUUCAACCAGCAUAAUUAAAAGUUAUCAAUAGCUUUUAAUGUCCUUUUUACUCUUCUGCUCCCUCUCUGAUAUCUUUCUCAGUGGCCAGGGUAUACAGGGAAAAAAACAAUCACCAACAACUUGAGUGUUCCUGUACAUUUUCUUUAUUGAAAAUAAAAUCUUUUUUCUAGAGGGCUGUACUUCCACAAAGCUUUUUAUCAUGAUGAUAUAUUUUGAGUUAGGUAUAUGAUUGGUCAAAAUUUUUAACGGCAUUUUUUGUGGUCUUUAUCAGGCAGGAAAGAACAUACAAAAGCUUCUAGGAGGUAAUGAUUGGAAGGAUGUACUAUUGUUAAGUCAGUUAUGCUAUAAUUUGUUUUUUGGAACUGUGACUAUUACUUUUUUGAUUACCCUGCUCAAAAUUAAACAUGACUUUCUAUGUUUGUUGAACACAAGUUAUGCAGUUUAUGAUAAGGAUGCAUUAACUUGAAUGUUCAUGUACCUUGUACAUUUAAUUAAGGCUUUUUCUUAAUCUUGAACUUUAUUCAAGUGUUAAACGAAUCCCAAAAAAAUGUGGUAGUCCUUUUGAUAUUAUGAAACUGAAUGCUGUUCAUACAACUUGUGAUAGAGCCUGUACACAUAAUAAAGGUUUUUUCUUUAUCUGUGGGAACCUGCUGAGGAUAAAAAUGUUACCCUGUUGACACAAAAAAAUGUGAGAACCAAGAAGAUUUUAUGAGUACUUAGAUUACAUGUGGAUGUGGGCUGCUUAUUUAAAACAGUUUUUUUAUAUUCCAAAUUGAAAACAAUUAUUAUCAGUAAGACUAGCAGUUUUCUUUUCUCCCUUGUAAAAUAUUUAGAAGUCCCUGGUAUGGCAAACUCUGGCUGUGCUGUCAACAUGACACUGUCAUCCCUUGGUAUCAAGUUGACAAGCAUUGAAAAUGGUAGAAUUGUCGCUAAUCAUGACAUGCAAGGGAUUUCAUUUGCUAGUGGAGGAGAAAAGGUAUUUGAUGGACAAGUCUAAGUAUAGAAUGUGGAUCUAAUUGCAGCAAGAGGUGAAUAAAGUUUUCAACUUAAGGCAGACUGUCGUCAUUCAAUCCUUGUGGUUGUUUAGAGUUUCUCAUUAUUUGAAUUGACAACUAUGCUUAGUGGCAAGAUUACUGUGCCAGAUUUUAAAUGAUGGCAUACAAAGCAAACUUUUGUCUCUUUCAAAUAAAGCAAAUUUCAUUAACUGAGGUUAAAAAACCCUUUCUCAGCUAUAACAUAUUUGCUUAUUGUCAGUUGUAUUUGACUUGCAUUGAUAUACUUUUCAAAGUGGAGAUUAAAGUUUAUGGUUUGUCGAGCUGUUACACUUAAAAAUCCCCUUGAUCAGCGUAAACAAUUGUCUUUGGUUUCCCUAUGAAACACAUUAGUUUCUAGUAAUUAUUAUUUUGCUCUUUUAAAUCUGUCAUUGAAAUAGUCUCUGUAGAAUUUAAUGUCAAGUGUCAUAGACCCAAGAGCUAAGCUAAAAAGAAAAAUUUUGUGGGACAUUUUUUUUAUAGGACUGCAUUGAUAUGAUAGGAUAUGUGGCAAAAGAUCAUGUUAAUGGAAGAGGUUUGUAUUUUGUAAUGGUUUUCAUUUGUAUACUUUAGAUAACAGAUAAGGAAGGAUUGUCUUGAAGACUGAGUCUGAAAUAUAUUUAUGUUACAUGUUCUAUUUACAGUUGUAGUGUUACAACAUUCUUCUAUAUAAAUUACAAUCUAAUUGCAUUACAGAUAAGUGUAUAUUCUAAAUUUGUGAAACAUGUAUACAUUAUGCUCACUUUUUCUUACUUGAUAUGGACAAUUGCAUGUAUGUACAAUCAAAUAACAAAUUCAUUUGUUUACAGCAGUUUCAGUAACAUGCCAAGUUACUGACAUAACAUACAAUUAUAAACAAAUGCGGGAUUACUGUUUAGACUAUGCUAGCCAUCUUAAUGUCAAGUGUGGCUGCCUCUCUUUCAAGCCCUUUGUGGUUAUUGUACCCCAUGUAUAGUUUAUAAUUGCUGUAAUUUAAUUGUAACUGUUAAGUACAAAAUACUUUUGUUAUAGUUAGUACAUGACUUUGUAUUCAUAUAUGAUGCAUUAUAAUGAAAGCUUACAUAUAAUAACAUCUAUUUUCUUUCAGCUUGUUUUGUUCUGGAUUGUGGAGGUGGGCUAGCUUAUGAUGUGAUCAACACCAUAGGACAAGCCUUUGAAAUCCGUUUUAAGAUGUUUUUACAGAAUCCACCUCUUGCCACUGAGGUUCCUGAAAGGUAAGAUGCCGAGACCACAUGGUUGUUCUAUACUCAACUGUAGAAACAUGACCAGCAAAGUUAACGCCUUCAGUGUCUUCCUCCUCUGUUCUACUCCCUCUGAUAUACCGUGAGUCUACUGUGCUUCUAGAGCUAAGUGAUUUGGCAAGUUAGUGGUUGUUAAGAGUUUCAAAGCUGACGUUUCAAGCAUUAGCCCCUCAUCAGGGUGAGUGGCCAAUUACCUUUUUAUACUCUUCCACCGAUGCAGCACCACAGUUGUUUUAGAAACUAGAGCAGCUCAUAUUAUGCUUUGUGUUCUGAUGACUUUAACUUGUCUCAUUCUCUUGUCAAAUUUUUCAAAAUUAUUUAGAUAAUGAUGUAGCAUUGUCUCUUAUUGUUAAUACUGUAUUUUUUAAUCAUUUCUAAGUCUUGUCUUUAAAAAAGAAGAAAAGAUUACCAUAUUUCACAUCUCUGUGUUAUCAAAUGUUGACAAUUUUUCCUGAUUUUGCACAUGUUAUCAGUUGGUUUUGAGUUGCUUUGAAGGUAGUUGGAGCCUCAGAGAUAUUUUGUUACUGUCACUUCCAGUUGUGACCAAUGGUUAAAUAUUCACUAUUGUUUGUUGAAUGUGCGAUACAAUGAGUGAAAUUUAAACUAUUUGCUUACAGAUUUUCGGAUACAUUGUUUGAUGAGAGUGAAGAUCAUACCUAUGAGAUGGAGUAUGAAGAACCAAAGAAUGAUGGAUCACAUGUAUGAACACAUUGCUUAGUUGUUCGCAGAAAGCAUUUUGAAUCAUUAAACUAGUCAUCAAGAAUAAUGGAAACUGAAACUAUCAGUUAACAAGUUUUGACCGAAUUUGUCAAAUUCGUUAAGAGUCAAGCUUGUUCAUUAGGUUUUUUUUUUAUAUGCACAGCUCCUAUCUGCCCCCUUUUUUCUCCUCCUGGUUGAGGGAUUGAAAUAAAAGAAUGUUACGCGGCCCAUGAGGUCAUUUUGUCUUGUCGUGUGAUUCUGACAGCUCAUGGAGGCCAUAUUCUUUUUUUUUACUUUUUUGCAGUUGAGUAGACACAAAGCUUUGCAUUAUUUCCAUGAAAACACAAUGAAUACACAUGAGUCAAGUGGAUUAAAUUUUGCAGGAAAUUACUUUAAGGUCGCUCUAGGGGCUUUUGAUGUAAAGAAAGAUAGAAAUAAAUACUAAUUCAUUGGUAAUUUAUUUUCACUCAUCUUCAGUUGCCGUCGCAUGCAUAUGAAGCUCCAAUUGAUUCACGGCCAGCUGGUUACAUGACGCUGAGAAACACAUCAUCAGAUGCACUUGGAGACUAUGACAAUCCCAACAGACUGAUGAAUGCACAUGGCUACGAUGUCCCCAAAGGAUCUUUGGUGGGUUACGAAGCCCCCAAGAUCCAACACAAAGGUAAGGUUGGUUAUGAUGUGGACCAUGUAAUCUCGUAAGAAGUGUGGAGUACAAAUACUUUCCUAUAAGCUUUUGAAGGUAAUUUAAUGAGUUUUCUCAACUGAGUUACAUGUAAUAAUGUGAAUUGGCCACCGUAGAGAGUUUCUGAAGCUGGCGUUUCUCGUUUGACUCGUUUUUUUCUCUCCUUUCAACUUUAGGUGACUAUCAGAAUCCAUCAGCGCGAUCCAAUAGCAGAAAUGGCGUAAACCAGCCCGGUAGCCUUAAGUUCGCUGCAGGGGCGUGUUAUGAGAAUCCUAACAGUGCUGCUUUCUACGAGAAUCCGCUUGCUACUCCUAGAGUACCUGAUAGAAGUGAUAGCUUGGAGAGACAUCCAGUUGACCAGCUAGACUUUUCAACAUACGCCAACCCUUCCUCUCCGCCCUCUGGAUCAGGUGGUUAAUUAUUUUGUUUCGUACCUGCUUAUUAGCAUAUUCUGCCCUUUAAAAACGUUUUCUUAGUACAGAAAACUUACUUUUAGAGAUCGCCUCAAAGCCUUUUAAUGCAAGGUUUCUAGAACUUUUUUUCUACUCUAUGGAUGGCGUGCAUUUUAAGUCUCCACAUGCUCUUCUGUUUAAACUACAGCUUUUUUUAAUUUUCAAUUUUGGUUGUGUUUUGGUAAAUCUUUCGGAAAGAGUGUUUCUUUUCAAUACGUGAUACAUCAUUUAGUUUCUUAUACCCUACGAAAAAACUUUCAAACAUUCAAGUGUGGUGUGUAAUAACUUAGUGAGGUCAGAUAAAAGUUUUACGGGUAAAAAUGUUUUAACCCAUGUACAGACUUCUUCUUACAUUCUUACUUGUGAGUUUAAAUGUAUAGAUGUCGAUAUAUUAUCUUCAUUCAUUUAUCUAACGAUGGGUAGAUUGAAUGUGUAUUUCUUUGUUUUUUUCUCUUUAGAGAAAGAAAAUAAGUGGGCAACAUUUGAUGAGGAGAUGCCACCUCCUCCACUCCCAGCGGUAACUUAUCCGGAUGAUCACGAUUACCAUACUCCCCGCCCCACCCCCACCCCAAGGAAAAGGCCCCCUGUACCUAAGCCAUAUGCUGCGACUAAGUCAGAGAAAGAAAAGGAAGACCGACAGCAGCAUCAGCAACAAUCAGCGCCAACAGAUGGUACAUUUACAUUGUAACCUAUAAAAUAGUUUGUUCAUUGGCUGAAUAUUUUCCGUAAUCGUCCAGAGUGCGUGAGAAAUUUGACAAAGGAGGAAUUUAACCCUUUGACCGCUAAGAGUGACGAACAUCUAAUUUCUCUUUACAGCAUCACCCCUGUAUCACACACUUACGGUCAGGAGAAUAAAGGAAAUGAUCUCCAUCUAAAAAAGCUUGUGAUUGUUUGACAAAUUCUCCAUGUCAGCACCUUAAAAAAAUGUAUAGCGAACCGUUAGGAGAAUGUGAAUACUGAUGCUAAAGCUAUUUCUUUGGCGUACUUUAAAAAAAAAGACAAUUCGGGACGAUCAUUGAACACUAAUCGACAAUCGGUGAUGUUCAGGUUAUUCUGAUCUAUGUAAUGAUUUUGUCAAGAAAACUCUGGCCCGACAUCCAAGGCGUAUUUUUUUAAACAAGAAUUCAGGGCAAAUUUUUGUAAACAAGAAUAGGAAAUGUGGAGGUUUGGCAGGCUGUACCAAGGAUUUUCGUUUUCAUGGGAUCUUUUCCAUCACAGGUGCUCAAUCCACCCCUCUGGAGUCUGAGGUGUGGUACCACGGUCCAAUGUCUCGUGCCGAAGCUGAACUUCUUUUAGAAGAUGAAGGAGACUUCCUGGUGAGAGAGAGUAAAUCAAAGGCGGGACAGUAUGUGCUGUCUGGAGUUCAAAACGGACAGCCUCGACAUUUGUUGUUGGUGGAUCCAGAGGGCAAGGUUCGUACAGCCUUUUGCCACGCUGAGAAAUCUUUUUUAUUUAUGACGAUGCUGUUAUAGUAAAGCGUUGUUAACUAUCAGAACGCUACAUUGCUUCAAUUUUCAUUAGGGUGAUGAUAUUUUGCCUGGGUGGGGCACCAGUCUAGUAUUUUUGAUUGAUUAUUGGUCACAAAAUUUCCUGCACCCCUUCGCUUCAGGCUGUUCCGUUUUCUUUAAGCCAAACGGAGUCGCGCGAAGGAAUUCUGUCGCCCCAUGCCCACACGCGGCUCCCGCUUCAUCCAUGCUCCCUCACGGCAUAAAAGAAACGAAAAAGACUUGAAAGCAGGCUAGUUGGAAUUACCACGCUUGUGUGAGAGGGAAGGGUCUCGCCUCGGCGCAUUGGACCCUUUGAUGCGUACUCUUGCGCGCAACCACGACUACGCAAAUAAUUUUCCAAUUUCUGCAAUCCUGUUUCAACAGUUUUCACGGCCAAGCACGCUAACAAGUUAAAUCUUCUAAGUCAGACCAGUAAUUAAUAAUGGUUUUUUCAAAAGCGAAAGUCGUCUUUUUAACUACAGGUUAAUUCUUGGUUUUUGUCCUCCACAGGUUCGAACGAAAGAUCGCGAGUUUUCAAGUGUUCAAGAGCUCGUUGUAUACCAUGUAAACAACGCUGUGCCAAUCAUCUCGUCGGGUAGCCAGGUCACAAUAACACACCCUGUUCACAAGCAAUAACUGUUUUAACCUAACAACGAUUCUUUUUAAGGCUAACCUUUGUGAAAACUGCAGCGACUUGAAUCAAUUAUGUAAGUGUGUUUAAAGGACAAGUUUGACUCGUUUGAUGCCCACACUACCGCUUCGUUUCUGCAAGUUAAGAGUGGUACUUCAAAUACUUUGCAUAAAUACUGAUUUGUAAAAACGAUAGGAAUUUAUAGGGCGGGGCUGUGUUCAUUAACUUUUAAGACACUUUCAGAAUCGUCGUUUGAUUUGAGGAGAGCAGCCUUGUGAUUUCUUCAAAGUACUCUCAGCUAAUGAAGCCAAAGUUCCUAAGCCGAAUUCUUUUUAUAAAGUUUUGUACAAAUAAUACUUGUAAGGUUUUGUAAAACUUCGCUAACACAACUUUUUGAUCAAGUAUCGCGUCGCACACAACACGAUAGGAGUUAAUGUUUUGUACAGGUAUUGACAAAAGUAUGAUGUAUUGUAGAGGGAUUUUGAGGAAGGGUGUUCAUCAGAAUGGUAUAGAGCAUUUUGAUUGAGUGCCCAGUACCCCAAACCGUAGUAAUCAGUACAGUCAAUCAUAACAGAGACAAAUAUCUCAGAGGUCAAUCAGAAUGCGAAGCAAAAGUAAAGAAACUAUCUAAAGUGCGGGAAAAUGCCGUCGUGUGACCAAGUUGUUAUGAUUGGUUUAAGUUUAGCAUCUGAUAUGAUUUGGAUGUUAGCGCGAGUUCUUCGAACUAUUUACCGAACUUACUAAUGCAAAAACAAUGAAAUCCCGGAGAACUUUCGUAAAAACUGUUCCACAAUCAAUCCAAUUUUUUCUACAAUUUUUGUAGAAUAAUUUAGUACAGUUAUUAAUAUAAUAUAAAAACGAGAUUUGCCAAAUGAAUUGACUUCUUUUUAGAAUGCUGAUCAAUUGAUUGAAAUAAACCCGAUAACUAACAGCUCAUGAAUAAAGAUAGUUGAAUAUGCAUGUUAACACCAGCAAGCUCUGGUUUGGUUUUAAAGCUAGAAAUUGUGGCCCAGAAAUACAAAUAGUAAUAGCAGGUCUAUUAUUUUGAACUGAAAAUCAAGUAAUUUUACACUUUUUCUCCGCACAACUCUUAUUGUAGUAUUACUAAAGUUGACACUUUAUAUAACAACGGGUAGGAAAAGAAUGCACUUAUGCCCUGACGUUCAAUUUUAUUUCAAGUAAACAGUUGUGUUAAACUGUUUUUUUUUUCUUAUUUGAGAAAACAUAAAAGACGACCCUAAUUGUUGUAUCACUCAUAUAACAAUAAAAAUCUUUGAUC